AUGUCGACAUGCAAAACCAUUGCCCAGCAAUGGCCUCGAUAUUUCCGCCGCCAGAUCCCAUUCGUCGCAGCUAGCACCUCAAUCCGGCCAGUGCUUCGAGGCUGUCGCAUGAGCAAGCAGCCGUCCCUUCUCCGUUCAUACGCUUCGAUCUCCGCCGCGGAGCUUAAAUUCGGACAACCGCUUCACGAGACGCAUCCUCAUUUAUUGAAUCCUGGAGAACUCACUCCCGGUAUCACGGCGCUGGAAUACGCUCAACGUCGCUCCCGACUUGCGAACAAGCUCCCCAAGAAUGCAAUCGCCGUGUUAGCUGCCUCGGAAGUUACUUACCGCGCUAAUGGCAUAUUCAACAAUUAUCGCCAGGAUUCCAACUUCUUUUACCUUACCGGAUUCAACGAACCUAAUGCGCUAGCUAUCAUCGCGAAUGAUGGAUCCGGGGACAAUCACAUAUUCCACCUCUAUGUUCGUGAAAAGGAUCCGAAGGCUGAGCUCUGGGAUGGAGCUCGUUCCGGCGCACAAGCAGCGAUUGACGUCUUCAAUGCGGAUGAGACGGGUGAUAUUGAUCGCAUUGGGGAUAUUCUCCCAACGAUUCUUUCGGGGGCCACAGAGAUCUACACAGAUAUUCCUGCCUUUAACCCCGGGAGAUCCUCCUUGCAUCGUUUCUUAUACGGCCCCACUGGUGCAUCCGAGAAGCUGAAGAAGAUUGUCGAUUAUCGUAAAGUCAAGCCCUUGCGUAACAUCUUAAACGAGAUGCGAGUGUUCAAAAGUGAGGAUGAGGUCGUCCAAUUACGUCGAGUUGGACAGGCAUCUGGACGAGCCUUUACAGAAACCAUGAGGCAGACUUUUACAAAAGAGAAGGACCUGACUUCCUUCCUGGAGUACAAUUUCAAAGUGAACGGGUGCGAUGGCAGUGCUUUUGUCCCCGUGGUUGCAGGUGGCUCUAACGCUCUGAGUAUCCAUUAUACGAGAAAUGACGAUAUCUUAAGGGAUGGCGACAUGGUUCUUGUCGACGGGGGUGGGGAAUGGGGCACAUACAUAUCCGAUAUCACUCGAACUUGGCCGGUUAAUGGCAAGUUCUCCGACCCUCAGCGCGACCUAUACAAUGCAGUGUUGAACGUGCACCGCAGUUGCGUCUCACUCUGCAGAGAGAGCGCUGGACUUUCACUGGACAGAUUGCACAGUAUCGCCGAGAAUGGUCUCAAGGACCAAUUGCAGCAACUCGGAUUUGAUGUCUCAGGCAACAUGUCCAUGAUUGUUCCGGAUAUCCUCGAAGCCAGAAUCUCAAAGCAGGCCAAUGCAUUACCAUUGAACCGUAGUGGAAUAUACGUUCCGGACAGCGAUAGAUGGCCAGAAAAAUUCCGAGGCAUCGGGAUCCGUAUCGAAGACAGUGUUUGCGUUGGGGAUGAUAACCCGAUUGUCUUGACCACAGAGGCAGUGAAAGAGGUUGAUGAUAUCGAGGCCCUUCGGGACUAG